AUGCGCCUCGUGUUCUGCGCGGCCCUGAUCGCCGCAGCCGGAGUCAUCUCAAGUGCGGGUGCAGAUGACGCGUUCCUCCUAGGGCACCACGACGAUGGCGCAGCUGCCACCGGCCGGAGCCGGAGGUUGUCGCAGGCCAGGAGACCAUGCCCGGUGGACUUCGCGGCAGCCAACUACACGGUGCUGACGAGCCGGUGCAGGUGGCCCCCGUUCGAUUCGGCGCCGUGCUGCGCGGCAUUCAAGGACUUCGCGUGCCCGUACGCCGACUACAUCAACGACGUCGUCAACGGCACCGACUGCGCCACCGUCAUGUUCCAUUACAUCGACCUUCAUGGUGGCUACCCGCCGGGCGUCUUCUACCACAACUGCAGGGAAGGGCCCAAGGGCCUCAAAUGCCCCGACGGCAUCCCCGAAUAA